AUGGACCUGCGAGUGGCAGCCCUGAUUCUCAUUUUCCUGUGUGCCUCCGUCGUCGGCACUGAAGGAAAUAUUCCCACGUGUUGUCUGCGUGUCUCAAAGAAGAUAAACCAAAGCGUCUUGGCCAAAGUGGAGAAGUUCCAGAUACAAAGAAAAACUGGACCCUGUGACAUUAAUGCGCUGGUGUAA